AUUAAUAAUGUGAAACCGAAUUGAAAAUAAAACUGUAUUUUAUUUAAAAAAAUUAAGAUAUUACUUUUUCUUCUUAAACACAAAAUACAUUUAUGGUUAUUUAAACCGUAGAUGAAGUAACACUUGUGUAGGAGGAACUUUCAGCUUGGCACGUCGUAAUUUAACAAAGAGUUUAGUACUUUUAUGGUUAUUUAAACCGUACAUGAAAUAACACUUGUGUAGAAGGAACUUCCAGCUUGGUACGUCGUAAAUUAAGAAAGAGUUAAGAUUUUCCAAGAAGAAAAAUGAUGUAUAAAUGCAUAGCGUGUGAUAUGAUUUUUCAUGACAAACAUUUAUUUCUUUCUCAUCAAGUAAAUCAUACAUUGGAAGAACAUCGAUGCAAAAUCUGCCUACAGGGAUUUUUAAGAGAAACACAUUUAGAAAAACACAUAAAUGACGUCCACCCAAAAACGAAAUCUUAUAUUUGUGAACGAUGCUCUCGAGGUUACAAAACUAAAAAGAUUUUGCUUGCUCAUCUGAAAAUUCAUGCAAAAAAACCGUAUAAAUGUACAAUUUGUCCUGCAGAUUUUGCAACUGAAGAAACACUAUUGCAGCACUACAGGGGACACGAAUUUUUAGUACCUCCCACUCAAUUCUUGAAACAACAAUCGAUGCAAGCUGGUCCUUCUACUCAAAACGUGCAACAACCAUGGAUGCAAGCUGAUCCUUUUACUCAAAACGUGCAGGCAGCAUUGAUGCAAGCUGAUCCUUCUACUCCAAACGUGCAGGCACAAUCGAUGCAAGCUGAUCCUUUUACUCAAAACCUGCAAGAGCCGUGGAUGCAAGAUGAGUUUUUUAUUCAAAACCUGCUGGACACAUGGAUGCCAGCUGAUGCUACUACUUUAAACGUUCAGGCACCAUGGAUGCAAGCUAAUUUUUCUAGUCAAAACGAGCUGGGACUAUCCAUGCAAGUUGAUCAUUCUAGUCAAAACGUGCAACAACCGUGGAUGCAAGCUGAUCCUUCUACCCAAAACGUGGAGGCUUUAUUGAUGCAAGCUGAUCCUUCUACUCCAAACGUGCAGGCAGCAUUGAUGAAAGCUGAUCCUAAUACUCUAAACGUGCAGGCACCAUCGAUUCAAGCUGAUCCAUCUACUCAAAACCUGCAAGAGCCGUGGAUGCAAGAUGAUUUUUUUAUUCAAAACCUGCUGGACACAUGGAUGCCAGCUGAUGCUACUACUCCAAACGUGCAGGCACCAUUGAUGAAAGCUGAUCUUUCUACUCAAAACGUGCAACAACCAUAGAUGCAAGCUGAUCCUUCUACUCAAAAUCUGCAGGAGCCAUGGAUGCAAGCUGAUCCUUUUACUCAAAUCGUACAGGUACCAUGGAUGCAAGCUGAUCCUUCUAGUCAAAACGUGCAGGAACCAUGAAUGCAAGCUGAUCCCUCUACUCCUGACUUUUAAGAACCAUGAAUGCAAUAGAAGCUUUAACUAAAAAACGUGCAAGAACCAUCGAUUCAAGCCGGACGUCACUCAAUAAUUUGGCAUUUGAUGCACAAUGAACGGUAAAGAUCAACAAUGUGUAAAUAGCUCCGAAUAGAAGAAAACAGUAAAAGAAAAAUGUUGGAAUAAUUGUAACUUCUGCUUUAGUUGUCGAUUGUAACAGGUAAUUUUUUUUUUAACUUUAAUGUAAUUCAGAAAUUUUUUCUAUAAUUUUAAUUCCUAUUAUUGUUACGUUUUGCUGAUAAAUUUCUGAAAAUGCUGUUAAAUCUAAAAUAAUUGUUUUUAUAAAUUUUAAAUAGUGUCUUUAUUGAUUUUUAUCCACGGAAAAUCUCUGUACGUUAAGACUAUAGCACUAGAAGUUUGCAACUCAGGACUACAGAUAAAUAUGUACAGUAUUUUACAAUUGUUUGUUUUACUUUUCUUCAAUUAGUAAACUUAAAUUUUGGUGCAUUAUGGAACGCGAUCAACCUUCUGUUAUUAUCACCUGUUACAUAAAAUGUUAUUUUCCGUAUGCCAUGUCCAUUACGAAAUGUGAGAUGAUGUCUAAAAUGUACAGUAUAUGCAAUUUCGACCAACUCUUUUUUCAAAUUUUAUUUAAAUUUACUAAUAUACAAAGACGUAAUAUCAGAAAGUUCAUUUUACAUUUAAAAAAUAUAUAUAUAUAUAUAUUUAAAAUAUAGUAAAACGUAGCAAUAGGUGCGUUUUGUGUUCAUUUCAUAACAGCUAAAAAUUACGGGGGAAGAAUAAAAUG